AUGGGUCUCCUCAGAGGCGGGUCCCCAUGCGUUCGAGCCAUGGCGCGCCUGGGCGCUGUGCGCUCCCACUACUGCGCACUGCUUCUGGCUGCGGCGCUUGCUGUCUGUGCCUUCUACUAUCUCGGCUCCGGCCGAGAGACUUUCUCCAGCGCCACCAAGAGGCUGAAGGAGGCCCGCGCUGGGGUCCCCGCCGGGCCCUCGCCGCUCGCGCCGGAGCUGGCACGGAGCUCCGUGGCGCCAGCCGCAGGCGCCAAGGCUAAGAGCCUGGAGGGCGGGGGCGCCGGGCCAGUAGACUACCACCUGCUGAUGAUGUUCACCAAGGCGGAACACAACGCCGCGCUGCAGGCCAAGGCCCGCGUCGCGCUGCGCUCGCUGCUGCGCCUCGCCAAGUUCGAGGCGCACGAGGUGCUUAACCUGCACUUCGUUAGCGAGGAGGCCAGCCGCGAGGUGGCCAAGAGCCUGCUGCGGGAGCUGCUGCCGCCCGCCGCUGGCUUCAAGUGCAAGGUCAUCUUCCAUGAUGUUGCCGUGCUGACAGACAAGCUCUUCCCCGUCGUGGCAGCCAUGCAGAAGCACUUUAGUGCCGGCUCAGGGACCUACUACAGCGACUCCAUCUUCUUCCUCUCGGUGGCCAUGCAUCAGAUCAUGCCCAAAGAGAUCCAGCAGAUCAUCCAGUUGGACCUAGACCUAAAGUAUAAGACCAACAUCCGGGAGUUGUUUGAAGAGUUUGACAAUUUCCUGCCAGGUGCUGUCAUUGGCAUAGCUAGAGAGAUGCAGCCAGUGUACAGGCAUACAUUCUGGCAGUUCCGCAACGAGAAUCCCAAGACCCGGGUUGGGGGCCCUCCCCCUGAUGGGCUUCCUGGCUUCAACAGUGGGGUGAUGCUGCUGAACCUGGAGGCCAUGCGCCAGUCCGCACUCUACAGCCAUCUGCUGGAGCCAGCACAAGUGCAGCAGCUCGCCAACAAGUACCAUUUCCGUGGCCACCUUGGGGACCAGGACUUCUUCACCAUGAUCGGCAUGGAACACCCUGAGCUCUUCCAUGUGCUGGACUGUACCUGGAACCGGCAGCUUUGCACCUGGUGGAGGGACCAUGGCUACAGUGAUAUCUUCGAGGCCUACUUCCGGUGUGAGGGCCACAUCAAGAUCUACCAUGGGAACUGCAAUACCCCUAUCCCAGAGGACUAG